AUGUACAUCAAACAGGUUGUCAUUCAGGGGUUUAAAAGCUAUGGCCAUAAAACGGUUGUCGAAUCAUUCGAUCAACGGCACAAUGUGGUUAUUGGACGGAACAGCUCUGGCAAAAGCAACUUUUUCGGUGCCAUAGAGUUUGUGAUAAGUGACGAGUUUAACAACAUUCCCUCCGGACAACGCACUGCGCUGAUCAACAAAGAGGUAGCUUCCAGAUCGGCCACGGCAUUCGUAGAAAUAGUUUUCGACAACUCCAACUGUCCGAUUGAGCAUGGUAAGCAAGACAUUCGAGUAAGACGUACAAUCACACAAAGCAAGGACCAGUACUUGCUGAACGGAAAAGUAACAUCCAGAAAAGAAAUAGUCGAAUUUUUGGAAACUCUCGGUUUAUCAAUCUCAAACCCGUACUAUAUCGUCAAGCAAGGCAAGAUCAACAAAUUUGCUACGGCACGACCGCCCCAGCUUUUACAGGUUUUGUUCGAAAUCGCCGACAUACGGGUGUACAAUGAGCGGCGUCAAAACUCGCUGAAACUAUUGCAAACAUCCUGCGAGGACAUGAAGCACAUUAACAAGAGUUUAUCCACCAUCAAGCAAUACAUGGACGCCCUAGCGAAAGAGAAGAGUGUGCUGGAAAAUUACGACCGAUUGGACAAAGAUCGUCGCGCCUUGGAAUGGGUCAUACUGGAGAAAGAACAUAUGGAAACAAGCGCAGAGAUUAACGCGUUGGACUUGAACAAGAGCACACUAGAGGAGACGAAAGAAGAAUUGGAAAAGAAAACGCGACGGCUUAAGAAAGAGUUAGACCAAAAGGGAAAAAUUUUGAUGACCAUCCAAAGGAAGCUGGAAAAUGAAAAACAAACACAGAACUUCCUCACGAAGGAGCACAAUUCGCUGGAACAACGAAAAGCGGCCCUAGAGCUAAAGCUUUCGGAUCUGUACGGAGAACAAACGCGCGAAACUACACGCAAAGAGGACUUGCAGUCACGGUUAAGUAAAUUGAACAAAGAAAUUGCGUUUCGUGAGGAUAAAUUUAAGAAACUGUCGCGCCAGUACGCAAACCUCGCCAAAGAGGAAGAUAUCGUGAACGACAAAUUACUGAAAAGAAAGCAGCAACGAAACGAGCUAUUGGAUAAAUUGCGACGUAGUAGCCAGUUCGCUUCUCCAGCGGAAAGAGAUGAAUGGCUGAACAAGGAACUGGUCGAGCUGAAAGAUCAGAUUGCCAGAAAGCAAUCAGUUCUGCAGGAAGCCGAACGAGAGUUCAACAUAUGGACGGAAAAGUGUAAACGGCAGAGCAAGAUUAUUGGAAAACAACAGCAGGUAUAUGAAAGAAUGUUGCAGGAAGACGCCAAGUACAAGAUGCGAUUGAAUGAGCUAAAAGUUGCUCGAAUCCGUUACCAGACGGCAAUUGAACAAUUGCUUGCUAACGAAUCAUUACUAAUGCAGCAGCUGAGUUCCAGUAAGGACGAUCACGCGAAACUGGAUCAGAAUUUGUGCAAGCGAAUCGGGAAGGCGACACUGGUCGGCUAUGAUUCGGCGCACAAGGUGCUGGACUGGUUUCACUCUCAGGGUCCAGCGCAACAGGAUGUUGUCGAUGGAUACUGUGGGCUAGUGGCAGAUAAUUUCAGCUGCCCUUCCGACAUUGAACAAGCCGUAGAGGUAACUGCGGGCAAUCAAUUAUUCUACCAUAUCGUGUCAACUGAUCAGAUAUCCGCAAAACUGUUGCGCAAGUUUAACGAACGUAAAUUACCUGGCGAGCUGCACUUUAUGCCGUUGAAUCGACUUAACGGAAAAAAGUAUCAGUAUCCUGCUGGUAACGAUGAUGUUGUGCCACUCAUUUCCUUGCUGAAGUACGACCAGCGCUUUGAGCUAGUGUAUCAACACAUUUUCGGCAGAACGUUGCUGUGCAAAGAUCUAGAAUUGGCCACGAAACUAGCGAAGCGGUCCGGGCUGGCGUGUGUAACCUACGAGGGUGAUCAGGUUCGCAGUAAUGGCCCUAUGAAAGGUGGACACCAUAGGUAUCACGUGUCGAUACUGCGACUUCACUGUCAGUGUGUGGAUGCCCGUACAAAGAUCAUUCAAAUGGAAGAGGAGCUACUUGCCCAGCAGGAACUUCUGGCCAGCAAUGCCAGGGACCUCAAAAGUUGUGAACAAGAGUUAGAUAAUGUAGAAUUGCAACUCAACAAACUGAGGAAAAGUAUUGAAAUGUCCCUGGAGGAAAAACAACGCCUUCCCGAACGAUUCCACCAGCAGAAUGAACAAGCCAUGAACAACGAAAGCAGAUUGCGAACUAUUCGAACGGAAAUUGAAUUGCUGUUACGGCACCGGAAAGCAUUGUCCGACGAGCUAGGAAAAGACAUGAACCAGCAGCAUCUUUCGCAAGUUGAACAGCAGACUUUGCAAAAACUGGAUAACAAAAUACGCGAACUUGAAGUGCGCAAGCGUGAGAGGUUCACGGAGCGCUUGGAUGUCGAAGUUGCCAAAAAUAAGUUGAAUAACUUGCUCCACUCUAAUCUCUUCCGCCAACGAGAGGAAUUGUGUAAGCCACUCGAAUCGAAUACGCUACAAGCCGAUAUCACGAACAGCAUCGAGAUAUGCCGCCAGCAAACAGCUGAAUUGGAAAACAAAAUUAAAGUGGUCCAGCACCGGAAAGAUGAUUGCGAAAAGCGCAUUGCUGCGGAAUCGAUUAAAUUGAAAAAUCAUAUGGAAGAGCUGAACGCGUCUGGGCAGACGCUACGAAGUCUUGAAGAGGAUAUGGUCGAAAAUAGUCAACACUUGAAUCCUCGCACAAUUAACCGAUUCACACUAGCAAUGAAGCUUGGAGAUAUCUCGGAACAGAUGGCGAACCUUGGAGCACUACCAUCUGUGGACCCGAAAUUCCAUGACUUCAGCAUGCAGGAGGCGAGUUAG